AUGGAGAGAUGUAAUUAGAUAAGACAAACUGUAUAGAAAAUAGAUUACGACAUAAAAUUGAAUGAAGAAAAAGAAGAAAAUAAGAUCGAAAAAAUAAAUGUCAAUGCUUCCCAAGUAGAAGUUUUGGAUUUCAAAUCUGAUGAAAAAUUUUCUUUUGCAAUAUGGAUCUUUACUUUAACUGUGAAAUUACAAUAAAAACUUUUAAAAGAAGAAAAGUAGAUAUUAACUAAAAUCCUUGAAGAAAUAUAAUAAUAUUCUUGCAGACUUUGUCAAUUUCAAAAAUAUAAAGCAGAAACUUAAGCAAAAUUACAAAAUAACUUUAAUGUUUAUCUGUUAUAGUUUAUUACUAACUAUGAAAAUUUAUAAUGGAUUGGACAGGAUUUAUAAAAAGAAAACGAAAAUUCUAGGAAAUAUUUUGAUAGAUUAAAGAUCUCUUUGGAUAAAGUAAAAAAUGAAAAUGAGAAAAUAUGCGAUGAAAAUAAUAGUAAUUACUAAAUCAGCAUUUAUGACUUUUUGAAUGAAUUAAAAGGUUUUUCCCAAGAAUAAUCCUUUGAGAAAGGAUUGAUAAAUGAAAAGAUAACUUUUGAAUAAGAGUUAUUUAUUCAAAAAUUUGCUAAAAUAUAUUAGUUGGAUAAUUAAGAUAAAGAAAUGGAUGAUGAAUUAAAUCAACAGUAAGGCUUUUUUGAAACUAUGGGACAAAAGUAUCAAGAUUUUAAAAACAAUGAUGAAUGGAAAAUUAAAUAGGGAUUAAUAUUUACUAUUAUUUAAAUUUCAUCAAAUUGCUUUUCAGAUACAAUAAUUGAAUUUUGCCAAUAGGCAUUGAUUUAAAUUUGGACUUUAGAAAAGGAUUAAAGAGUUAGAAAUUUAUUAAAAAACCAAGAUUUGAUUGCUAAAUAAGUUUAGAUUCUGCAAAAAGAUUGGAGGACAUAGCAGGAUAGAAUUUCAAGUUAAAUGCAAUAGAUGCUAAGGAAAAUAGAUGAUUUGUAAGAAUAAAUUUUUCAUGAAGCCAAUCUUACAAAAAGGGAUCAACAACUUAUAGAAUUAGAUGAAACAACUCAACAAUUAGAUGAAUAUAUUGAAAACAUAAGUGAGAUGGGAUAAUAACUAAAACUUAUCACAGAUUUUGUAAAUCACAUUAGAAAAGGAUUAAAUAGAGUAGAAGCAAAGAUAAAUUAAAUGAAAGAUUAAUUAAAAAGUAUGAGUGAUGAUAUUAAAUCUUUAAGAGGGAAAUCUGUUUAAUAAUUACUUGAAAUUAGGAAAUGGAAGGUACUUAAAGAGGCAGCUUAAAAAAACGUAAAAACAAUAUAUGUACCAUUAAAAAGUUAAGACAAAACGAAAAGAAAUACAAAUAAUUUGAUGAAUUUAGAAUAAUUUGAUGAUUUAUCAGGAGAAGUGAAUAAAUUUUUAUUAAAAGAAAAUGAAACUGUAUUGCUAAUACAUGGGGUAGCUGGAUCUGGCAAAAGUACUGUUGCUAAAAAAAUAGAAGAAUUUGUUUGGAAAUUAAAUGAAAGUAAUAUUAAGGUUAAUGAAUAUGUACUUGUACCAAUAUAUAUUUCUUUACCUUCUGUAAAAAAUCCUGCUUUUUAAAUCAUAGAGGAAGCACUUCGUCAGGAUGAGUACGGUUUUGAUGAUUUAUAAUUAAAAGAAUGUAAGGAGUUGCUAGAAAUAAGAAAGUUUCGAUUGCUAAUUUUGAUGGAUAGUUACGAUGAAAUGAAAUUAGAGAAUAUCAAAAAAAAUAUAUAUAUUAUCAAUAAGCUUUAUUCAAAUUGGUCAAACCCUUUAGUUAUAUUUACAACAAGAAGUGAGAUUCUAACAAGCAGCAAUUAUUCUGAUUGGUUUGCACCUGAAGAUAAAGCAAAACUAAAAGAAAUCUAAAUCUUAAAAUUCGACCAAAUUUAAAAAAAGGAAUACAUAAAGUAGUUUACAUAUUUAAGUAUUAAAGUGUUGAUUUUUGAAAUCUAUGAAUGGUAAACAAAAAUGUUAAACUAAAUUUCAAUGGAUCUCUAGAAGUUUGAAUUAUUUUGGCAUAAGUUCCAAACUGAAUUUUUAAAGUAAUCUCCUUUAAAAACUUCAGCUGAAAUUUUACUUUAAAAGAAGUAGAUAGAGGAAAUUAUACUAUUUUUGAAAAACGAUUAACUCAUCUCUUUAUAAAGCAAUGAAGCACUCAGAAGGCUUGAUAUUAAUUUAUAGAAGCUUUGGAGUGUUGAAAAGUAUGAAGCUAUGAUCAAGAUGAUUAAUCUCGAUAAAUUGAUUGAUACCCCUUAUAUGAUGGAAAUUAUUGUUUAAGUACUACCUUAAAUGUUGGCUAAAGUAACAGAGAUUCUCAAAUUAAAAUAAAAUUUUAUUAAGAAUUUAUCCAAAAAGAUAUAAGAGUUAUUAAUGAGUCUAUAUCUGAUAAAAUUAUAUUAAAACUAGAACUUAAAAUCUUCAAAUUUGUUAAAAAAUGCUUAAGAUGAAUAAACUCCAGAUACUCUCAAAUUUGAAAAUCAUCAACAAGAUUAAUAUAAUAAAUAAGAUAUUGAAGUUUUAACAAGUAUUGAUUAUAUUUAACUAUCUAUUGAAAUUUGGAAUAUUUUAGAACAAAAUUAGUUUUUUAGCUAAUUUUAAUUAUCAGAGAUAAAUGAGUUAAAUUAAAAGCUCAAUUACAUAUUCGACUUUAAUAACAUAAAGAAUAUUCUUUUUUAGUUUGAAGUUAUAAAAAAAGUUCCAAUUUCAAAUGAAAGAAUAGCCAAACUUAUUUGCGAUUCUUUAAGAGAAUAAAAUCUUACUAGUUAUGAUUUUUAUGAGGAAUUUAUUAGUUAAUAUCAUUUCAGAUAGAUUGAAAAAUAAAGGAAUUUAGGAAAAUCUAUUAAUACUGAUCGUUUUCUUUAUGAUUUACAAAAAUACUCAAUAAAGCUGGCUAAAUAGAUGAGUAUUAAAGAAGUAACUUAGGUUUAAUAUAAAUAAUAAGGGUUUUUAUAUAAAGAUGAAACCGAUGAAAAUAAAUGGUUAAACGAAUUUUUCAAUGAUGACGGACAAGAUGGACAUCUCAAAAAAGAUAUAAGAAGCUGUUCGUUUGUUAAGUAAAAGGGUGGCAACUUUUAAUUUGUUCAUAAAUCAAUUUCAGAAUUCAUGAUUGCUUCUGAUAUAUUUGAGGUUUUAAUAGCAACAAAAGAUAUCGAAAAAUCUUGCUUAGAAAGGUGUAUCAAAAUUUUGGAAACUGAAUAAGUUAAAGAUUGUGUAUUAUUUCUUGAAAAGCAUGUUAGUUAGAAGCAUUAUGAAAUGUGUAUUUAAAAUAAUAAUUUAUCUUUAUAUGAGAAGUAAAAAUAAUUAGAUGUUAUAGAAAGUAAUUUUAAAAAGAUAACUACUAUUCUUAGAAUUAUAAAGUAACAUGACUUGAGUAGUGUUAAUUAUUCAACGUAAAGUCACAGAGAAACUAGAAAGUUUCUUAUCCAAAAGAUUUAAAAAGAAGAAACGAUUAUUCAAUUUUUACAAUUUAUAGUGCAUCUCACUGCAUUAGAUGAUGGUUUUAUUUAAAGCGGAUCUAAUUGUAUUAAUUUUUUAGUUGAGAUGAAAAUCGAUCUUACCAGAUAAAGUUUUAGAAAUAUCAAAAUCAAAAACACAACAUUAUAUGCAAGUAAUUUUGCAUUUAGUGAUUUAAGUGGUUCUGAAUUUGAGAAUGUAAAUAUCGAUGGGAUAAAUUUGAACGGAACAUUGCUUUAUAAUUGCAAAUGGAAUAAUCUUUAGAUAUAUGAGCUACAUAAAAUAAUUGGGCAUAAGGGAAGUGUUUAUUCAAUAUGCUUCACUUCUGACGGGAAAUUUUUAGCUUCAGCAAGUGAAGAUAAAUCUAUCAUUUUAUGGGAUGUCAAGCUAGGUUAAGAUAUGAAAAAGUUAAAAGGUCACACUGAAAAAGUAUCAACUCUAUGUAUUGCACCUGACGACUCUAUUUUAGCUUCAGGAAGUUUCGAUAGAUCUAUACGUCUUUGGAAUAUUGAGACAGGAUAAUAAAGAUUCUUGCUAGAAGGGCAUAAUGAUUUUGUGCAAUCUUUAUGUUUUUCUCCCGAUGGAGCGACUUUAGCCUCUGGCAGCUAUGAUUGCUCUCUUCGAUUGUGGGAUGUAAAAUCAGGAUUAGAGAAAUUAAAGUUAGAUGGACAUAAAUUAGGUGUCUAUUCAGUUUGCUUCUCUCCUGAUGGUAAUACGCUAGCUUCAGGUAGCGGAGAUAAAGUAAUUCGCUUAUGGAGUCUGAAGACAGGAUUAGAAAAGAAAAAGUUAGAAGGGCAUAGUGGAUGUAUUUAAUCAGUAAAAUUCUCUCCUGAUGGGGCAACUUUAGCUUCUGGAAGUGAGGAUAAAUCUAUUCGCAUUUGGGACAUCAGGUUGGGACAAGUAAAAUAAAUAUUUGAAGGUCAUCAAAAUUGGAUUCGUUCAAUAUGCUUCUCUCCAGACGGCAAUAUACUUGCGUCAGGUAGUUAAGAUAAAUCGAUCCGUAUAUGGGAUCUUAGGUCAGGUUAAGAAAGGAAAAGGUUAGAAGGUCAUCGAAGUUGGAUUAGUACAGUAUGCUUCUCUCCAGAUGGCACUACUUUAGCCUCUGGGGGCGGAGAUUAGUUGAUUUGUUUAUGGGAUGUGAGGUCUGAUAAAAAUAAUCAAAAAUAAUAGGGUAAAAUUAAUUGGGUUUUUUCAGUUUGUUUCUCUCCUGAUGGUACAAUAUUAGCUUCUGGUAACGGCGAUAAUUCAAUUCGACUGUGGGAUGCAAAAUCAGGGCAAGAGAAAAAUAACUUAGAAGGACAUCGAAGUUGGGUCUAUUCAAUAUGUUUUUCUCCUGAUGGCACUCUUCUAGCCUCCGGUAGCGAUGAUAAAUCUAUUCGUCUAUGGGAUGUAGAAUCAGGGCAGUAAAAGAAUUUAUUAGAACUGCAUACAUAAGAAAUCUAUUCUAUAUGUUUUUCUCCUGACGGUAAUACUUUAGCAUCAGGAGGUGAAGAUAAAUCUAUCCUUUUAUGGGAUCUAAAGUUGUGGAAACAAAAAAUAAAAUUAGAAGGAAUUAAUGGGUCAGUCUUAUCAGUUUGUUUUUCUCCUGAUGGGUUGAUUUUGGCUUCAGGUUGUGGAGAUAAUUCCAUUCUUUUGUGGGAUAUGGACUCAGGAUAGCAGAAAUUAAAAUUAGAAGGACAUAAUGAAAGAGUCUAUUCAGUUUGUUUCUCCUCCUUUGGAGACAUUUUGGCAUCCAGUAGUCACGAUUAAUCAAUUCGUUUAUGGAGAGUGGCUUCAGGGGAAGAAAUAAAAAAAAUUGAAGGAAACAGUCGUUCAGUAUGUUUCUCUCCUGAUGGCACUUUAUUGGCAUUUGCCAGUUGGAGUUACUCAAUCUCUAUAUGGGAUUUAAAUUUAAUGCAAGAAUUGUAUAUAUUGGAAGGCCAUAAUGAUUCUGUUUCCCAAAUAAACUUUUCUCCUGAUAGUAAUCUAUUAGUUUCAAGUAGUUAUGACAAAUCAAUUCGUUUAUGGGAUGUAAGUUAGAAAUAAGACAAAAAAUUAUAAUUAAGAGCAAUAUCAGCAUGUUUAUCUCCUGAUGGUACUACUUUGGCUACAGGUUGUUUAGACAAAUUGAUAAGAUUAUGGGACUUAAAGUCAGGAGAUCAAAAAAUGAAAUUAAUUGGACAUAACUAAAGAGUGGAAUCAGUCACUUUCUCUCCUGAUGGAGCAAUAUUAGCAUCAGGCAGCUUUGAUGCAUCUAUUUAUUUAUGGGAUACAAAGUCAGGAAAUUUGAAGAUCAGAAUUAAUGGGCAUAGCAAAUCAGUUUUAUCCUUAUAAUUCUCCCCAAAAGGGACUAUAUUAGCUUCAGGUAGUCUUGAUGGAUCAUUAAGAUUGUGGGAUGUAAAUUCUGGAAGUGAAAAAUUAAAGUUAAGAGGAUUAACUAAUUAGGUGUAAAUCUUAUGCUUUUCUUCUGAUGGCACUGUUGUUGCAUAAGGAGCCUUAGAUAAAUCAAUAAAUAUGUGGGAUAUAAAUUUAGAGUAGCAACUAUCACCUUCUGAUAGCGGUUAUUAAGAGAUUUUUUACCAAUUAUAACCUAAUAUUGAGGAAAAUCUACUUUAGAAAAAGAAAUUUUAUGAUUGCUUAACUGUCCUUCGAAUUUCCUAGUAUGAACAUUGUGAAGCCAAGGGAACUUAAAUCUUACAAGGUUAGUUCAUCAAUCAUUUCAAAAUGGAUUUAAGGAGACUUUUCUAGCAAAAAGGAAGCAUAAUUUUGGAAGAAUAAAGAAUUAACAUAUGA